AGCCUCAUCAUUACAAUUAUCACCAAGCAGGACGUUUUUUUUCGAAAAUCAGGGUGGGGAAUAAACGAGAAAAUUUAAAGAAAGCAGGGGCUAGUACCUACGGCAAACCAAAUGAUAGUGAAGCAUCGGUCUGAAGGACAACCAAGCAACUGACCAAACAUCAUCUAAAUAUACGACUCCACCAGUCCAAAAAGAUGUUGAAACGCGCCGUGACGGAGUCCAUGGCCGUGGUCCACCACGAGUCUAUGGCUUCCAAAGACGACAACGAGCUCGUGCCCUCCACCGUUUCCAUCCUCCGGCAGCAGCUCGGGCUGCGGUGUUUCGAACUGCAGAGGGCCGCCUCGAAGCUGCUCGGGUUGUGCCUGGAUUUUGACACGUUUGAGGAGCUCGCGGACAACACCGUGAUCUACAACUCAGCGAACAGUUCUUCCGCAUCGAGCUCUAGCCAGACGCCGAAGUCGCAGAAGGAGCAAAAGGGGCUCGCCCACUUGCUCUCCCAAUCGAGUGACGACAAACCCCCACCCCCCGCGGCUCCCACCUACUGCCGGUGGGACGUGGGCGACGGCGCUUGGCAGCUGGCGGUCUGGGAGCAGUACCAGAAAGUGCUAUUGCCGGAUCAUUUGGACUUGCGACCCCUCUCGCCGGAGAACGAAACCCGGUUGUACUUGCUGGAAGUAAACGGGGGGCCGGGGUUCAAUCCGGUGGACGGGGAGGCGUUAGUGGAGAACCGGCUACUGUGCAAGAACGUGACCGAAGAGUUUAAGCAGAGGGUCCGGACUAUCACAUCGACAAAAAUAAUGAUUAGUCCGAGUUGUCUGGAGAGCUGCAGUGUGAAUGAUGGUCCGAGUUGGGUCUUUUGAAUGAUAGAUAGACAACCGGGGAAAAUGCACGCUGAUGCCUGUUCCGCACCAUAAAUUCAAUACUUUCGUAGCCAGCAUUGGACAACUUUUGGCGCUUAUUCAACACAAGUUUUCAUUACCUGAUCGAUUUCGUGAUCCAGACUUUGCAUCACAAGUUCGCAACUGCAGACCCUUCCAGAGAAAUCCGCGACAACAACAUAUUUGCCGUGGAUACCGCAGGAGCACGAGGCAAGGAGGAAGAAGAGGAACGCUAGAAAAACGAGAAAUCAGGUGGUGGUAGUCGAUAUCCAGUGCAAAAACAAAGUGUCGUACUAGUACAAAUAGCAUGACAAUAAACUGUUCAAGAGGAAAAAUGAAAUUUGUGAUGCAGAAUCAAAUGCUAAAGACUUUCUCUUUCAUGUCUGUCAUGCAUGAUUGCUAUCACCAUGAGCGCAAUACAAUUUUUGCACAGCAUAGUCGAGAAUAACGUGCCGGAUGCGGCGGAGGACACAGGGGUGGCACCGGAUGACAGGUAGAAGUUUGUCAUGCAGAACGUUGCAUCAGAGGUUGCUCAUAUGUUACUACGCAGAGUUCAUCCACAUGAUAUUAAAUGAAAUGUCACAUCAUAUUACUUACAAAAAUUCUAUCACAGGUUGUUUCUCUCCUGGGUUCCUAUCGAGACGAAAAACAAAAAUUGGAACGACAUUUACAAUUACACGAAGCAGCACGCGUUGCACCCAGAGGACAAAAUCAUUUUUUUCAAGCCCUGCGCCGAAUUGGUCUUCCGCACACCCUAUGGACUGCAAAAGUAUCGUACUCGUAUAAAUGCAUUACAAAUUUCCUACAGCAUUAGAAAUAAAAUUUGUAAUGCGGAUUUACCUUAAGAAAAAGAUUUGUAAUGCAGGAUUGCAAUACGAGUGCGAUACUUUUGCACAGGAUACACCCGACCACCGGGAAAUUUUGAACAAGGAGGCAGUGUUUACCCACCUAUCAAAUGCAAAGAUGUCUGGAUGUCUGGAAAGUUGAAACUUGUGAUGCUGUUUUCGGAUUCUAAAAAACUUUGUAUUGCAUGACCAGCAACAGGAGUCCAGUUUUUGUUAGUUACGCGGAGAGGGCAUUUCUCAUGCGAGAUAGGCAUUGCGAAGCCCUCUAAAAGUUGGUGACGCUACGUCAUGCAUUACAGGCAUCGUGGGUCAUUGAAAAUAUGCAUGACAAAUCUUGCACUCUUCCAGACCCAGAUAUAUUUGCAAUGCAUACGACCUACUCUUUGUCGAAAGUCUCUUGCUCGGCUGCCGACUGUACCAAAUGUAAAUAUGUCUGGGUCUGGAAACUUGUGAUGCUGGGUGGCAUAUCAUGAGGAAGCCACAAGUGCUGGCUCAGCGUGAGAAGUUUCUGAGCUUCUAGGUGUUGCCUAUUCUGCAUGACAAACUGAGUUUCUGCAUGACAGAAGAGUGGCGCUCUUGGGUAACGUGCAUGACAGAUUUGAGAGUCAUGCCAGACACGCAUGACAAACAUGGACUCUUCCAGACCCAGACAUUUUUACAUUUGAUAGACUGGAAAUCGAUCGACAAACUGGCACGGUGCUGCACGAAAGUAAGACGGUGCGGAGUGAGGUAUAAUGUAAAGGCUUCACGAAGAUCACGUGUAUUGAGUAUGAAUAUCUAGUGCGUUUUUUAUUUAUUUUCUUAGUUCAGCUAGGCCUAGGGUUGCAUUAUUCCCACAGCUGAUAUCUUUCUGUCACACACGAUGCAUGUCAAUGAUCAAAAACCCGAAAAUACGAAAAUAAAACCAGCUCGACGUCGACGCGCACAAUAAAGUCCUGGGGCGGAAGGAAUCCGCAAUCUCCAAGGUCCGGAGGACUUUUCUCCGCGCGAUCACAAAACGCGACGCCAUGGGCGUGGGCAAGCCGGGUGCGGUUGGCAGCACGCUCGACGUAUGAGAGUGCACAACUCCCCCUCCCCCUCAUUUGUCACGCAAAAUACAGAAUCGAAGCGCUUCCUUGUGGUACUGUUUGCAUGCCAGGUUCCAGAGCACUGAACAGUAUUACAUUUACGCGCAUGAAGAACUUGUCAUGCACAGGCUCCACAUGUGCGGUUGUUUGUAUCGCCGUUCAUGCAAUACAAAUCAGGGGGAGGGGGGGGUUGUGCACUGUCAUACGACGCGAGUAGCCUGGAGAAAUGGGUGGAGGAAACGAAGCGGGAAGGGGUGGCGGCGAACUGGGAGGUGGGCCCGAUCAACUUGCGGAGGACAGAAGAUAUCAAGCGGCGGGUCUUUUCCCAGGACGUGCCGACCUGCUCCCGGGGGCACUCGCUGUUCUUGCAGACCUACCAGGACGUACGGUGGAGCGAGGAGAGAGAGUUGCCGUGCCGUGUGUGCUAUGCAUUGCAAAUAUGUAGUCUGGGUCUGGAAGAUGCGAUGGCAACUUGUCAUGCUAGACUCGAUCACGAAAAUAUCUGUAUUGCAUGAACGCCAAAAGUUGCCCAAUUCUUGCUAGGCAAAAGGCGGACUUCUCAUGCGGAAUAGCCAUGAGGAGGGUCUCGCAAAAUCUGUGAUGCUUGUGUGUGUGCAUUCCAAACUAUGUGUGUGGUCCGCGAGAUGCAUGACAAGUCUAGAAUUCUUCCAGACCCAGACAUAUGUGCAGUUGAUAGGUGCGGAAGGCUGCAGACGUACGGCAUGGAAACGUGCAAAAGAAGAUGCGAGUUUUAUGGUAUAAUGAGGUUUUGUGAUUUUUUGCGGACUUGUCUGAAACAAAGAAUGAGUUUACGUUCUUUCUUAACCCGGAGCAUGGACGUAGCAAGCGACCCGGGUGCAUAGUUGUGAACAUGUUGAUAUGCGUAGUACACCACUGAUAAAGUGCAAGACAAAUAAAAAAAACAGGUAUCUGCGAGAACUGUGCCGACGAAUGGAAAAAGAUCGACGAAGAGCUGAAGGAAUCCCACCAGCAGUCCCUGAAGCGCGAGAAGCUCUAUUCCCGGGUAGACCUGCAAUUCUAACCAACAGAAAAAAGCAGGCAGGUCAGAUUUGUAAUGCAAAAAUUAACGCACAGAAAAAUCUGCCAAUGCCAUGGGAGGCCCCAUAGCGUGCUGUUUAGGAUAUGCAAUACAGAUUUUUUUGUGUAUUUAUUUUUGCAUUACAAAUAAUCAUAAUGUGACCUGCCUGCUUUUUUCUGUGUCAUAAAUUCCCAAUUGUCGCUCCGGACGUGAACCCCGUGUCGUUUAUCCGGUUUCAGGUACUAUUAAAGAACAGCUUCAUCUUGCUUGUCCUGCUAUAGAAUAGGUAUGCUUGUUCUUGAACUGCACGUCGUGGUGCUUCUUGUAAUAUUUGCUAAUAAUAUUCCAUGCAACGCCUCCUCGAUUUUCAUUUUUGCCGUCCUAUUAACUUCUAGGUCCAUCUCAACUUCCGGUUCCAAGACUAUCUCCGCAACCCCUUCGAGUGCGACACCCGCCUUCUGAACGAGCUCUAUUCUGAGUAAAAACGUCCCCACCCCAUAGUUGUCAUGCAAUUCCGCAUGCCAAAAAAAAGUAAAAGUUUCUCAUGCGGAGCCCUAUGCGAAGCAUUUUCUAUUCGUGUUUUGGAAUUUGUGAUGCUAGAAUCAGCAUCCGUUGCCAGAUCUGUGAUGCUUCUUAACUAGCUAAACAGGAUUACACUACGCGAGCAAACUUGUCAUGCCAAACAAGCAAAGCUGGCUUAGUUGUCUAGCAGAUUCCCCAUCUUGGCUCUGGUGUGGGGACGUUUUUACACAGGAUAAGCUCGGCGAGUUGUUUAAGGAGGCGGGGAUUUUUAUGCUUUGCAAAUAUGUUUGGGUCUAGAAGGAUGCAAAAGCUGUCAUGCUUGUCUGGCAUGACUGAAGAGUUUGUGAUGCGUGUCCAAGAUUAGACCCUUUUUCUUGUCAUGCAAAAACGCAGUUUGUCAUGCAAAAAGCGCAACGCUGCGCUGCGCAAAUAUUUCUUUAUGCUUGGCUGAGCACUACAAGGCAGUCACUAUUCACAACAGAGCAUUACAAGUUUCCAGACCCGGACAUAUUUGUAUGUGAUAAUUUUGGAGCCCGGCGUCCCCGCCCAGCUCCUCAUCGUGGGCGCAGCGGACCAGGCACACGUCUCAAAUGCAAAUAUGUCUGGGUCUGGAAGAGUGCGAGUUGAAGUUUGUCAUGCUUGUCUGGCAUGACUCUUAAAUCUGUGAUGCAGGAGCAGGAAAAGGGCCUCUUGCCUGUCAUGCAAAAACGCAGUUUGUCACGCGAAAAACGAAAAACAGGAGCGCAAAAAGAGAAAGAUUCCAUGCUGGGUUUCCAUAUUGCAGUGCGCCCACAAUUCGGAAAUUUGCAUCACAAGUUUCCAGACCCAGACAUAUUUGCAAUGCAUAACACGGACUGCAGACGUAUUUUGACGUGAUGCUGGUGCACCCGAGAUUCAAGCAGCUAAUCUCUAUGUCGAGGCACUUCCGGACCGCGUUCGCAAAGACGCCCGGGAAGCAGUGGCUGGCGCAAAACAGUGACUUGUUCGGCAUGUUCCUCUAUCAAAUGUUAAGAUGUCUGGGUCUGGAAGAAUGCAAACUUGUCAUGCUCGGCCGACAAUGCACAAAAUUCUGUCAUGCUUGUUGCGCUACAGCAACAGCGCCACUUGUUUGCCAUGCAAAAAGGCAAUUUGUCAUGCGAUUCACGUUAGACGUAGCCACCCAGAAACUUGUCAUGCGUAGCUCCGCAAUACAGUUUGCGUAUCAUUCGGACAUUAGCAUAACAAGUUUCCAGACCCAGACAUUUUUACAUUGGAUAUCCUCAAAUUCUGGGCGGAGAUGGACCGGCUGCAGAAGGACACGCUGGCAGGCGGGAAAUCGGUUGGCGUCAUGCGGGACGGAAAAGUAUACUGAUUAAAAACUUCAGCUAGUUGUACUAGCGCAGUGUGGUGUAGUAUACAAAAUAAACUGAAAUGCGCAGUGUACUAGUCCUACUCCUACUUAUCGCUCGAGUUGUGUCAUCUUGAUUUGAGUUUGACACAUGAAUAAACUUUCUAAUCGUAUCAACAAUUAUGCCCUAAAGGUCAUCGAAACCUCCGGCUCGUCGCUUUCCCAAGCCGCCUUAUCCGCAAAACUGAAAGAGAAGUACCCCCUUCUGUCCGCCUCCACGAAAUUCGUUCCCCAGCAGGCCGUCGCGUGUCGGGGUGGGUUCGACGAUUUACUGCACUCCCAACCACUGAAGCCGGGGGAAAAACCGAAAAAGAAGGGCCACGAGGAAGUCCCGAGGGAGCUGAUCCCCUUGCAGCGGAUGGUUGCCUGCCCCAUGCAGUGCGGCGUGGACAUGGUGGACCACCAGUAUCCUGUGCAAAAGCAUCGUACUCGUUGUAAUUGCAGCCAUGUUGCAUGACAGAUCUACUUUCUAAGGAAAAACAGCAUUACAAAUUGCAUUUUUGUUUUUGAGCAAAUUUGUCGUGCAGUUUAUAAAAUAACACUAUAGAAUUUUUACUCGGAUUUUUCGCCCUUAUAGAUUAUAGGGGCGCCCUUAGAAAAUGAAUUCUAGAAAAAAGGGCAUCUAGAAACUUCCCUUAAGGGAGCCCUUAAGGGAAGCUUCUAAGGGAACACGCGUAAGAAAAAAAAAGGCAUCGCGGGGAACAAACAUCCUGCCGGUGUGUCCUCCACGCGGGCGGUCCGGCCGGUUUUUAGCAGGUCUAUUCUGGCUACCCCCAAAGACCGCCCCCGUUUGGGGGGGUAGGGGGGGCGAUGAAGCUCGGCUGGCAUGCAAAAUGAAAAAGGCGGCCCGUCCCGCAUCUGGGGAUAUAUCUGGGGAUAUAUCUGGGGAUAUGUCUGGGGAUAUAUCUGGGGAUAUAUCUGGGGAUAUAUCUGGGGAUAUAUCUGGGGAUAUAUCUGGGGAUAUGUCUGGGGAUAUAUCUGGGGAUAUGUCUGGGGAUAUGUCUGGGGAUAUGUCUGGGGAUAUGUCUGGGGAUUUGGGAUAUAUCUGGGGAGGUAUCCGGGGAGACAUCUGGGUCCGGGGACCUAUCUGGGGGAGAGGCCUUCUCUAGACAUCAGGCAGGGCAGGACGCCCAAAAGCGGGGGAUCGGGCCAAGCCCAAGGCCAAGGCCGACGGCCGGGCCGGGCGGGGGCGAGCUAGUUAGGAAGAAGCCCCGGCAGCGAAGGCGCGCGCGUCCACUAAUGUGGGCCGCUACUAGUGAAGGGCUUCAGUAGCAAGUGCGGGCCCGUUUUGUCAUGCUACAACCGCGGCCCGAAGGGCUUCGAAUAGUGGCCGCGUUUCCGCUAGCAGAUUCCCAAGAGCGGGACUCUUUCGACUAGUCUUCAGCCCAACGCUCUCCAAGUUUUUUCCUCUUUGUUGUUAGUUUGCUUGGUAGUUGCGUUUAGAUUUACUAGGCCACCUAUCGCCGGCGUCCUGGGCGCCGGCGUAAUGGUCUAGUACUAGUACGAUACUUUUGCAAUGCAUAACCAGCUCGCGAUCCACAAAUUGAAGCUGUGCAAGAAAUAUCAAAUGCAAAAAUGUCUGGGUCUGGGAGAUUCCGAGAUUUGCCAUGCAGUUUUUCCAAGCUCCCCCACCUCUGGAAUGCAGGGCCGAGCAUCACAGGUUCUGCAGUUCCUUGGUGAUGCGUAUUCUGCAUGAGAAAUGCCCUCUCAGCAUGGCCAGAAGUGGGCACCUUUUGCACGUUUAUGCAUCACAGAUCUUUGUAGGAUCCGAAACACGCAUCACAAGUUCGGAUCCUUCCAGACCCAGACACUUUUGCAUUUGAUAAGAAACGCAACGCGGAGUGCGAAUUGGGAUGUGGAGCGAAGCUAGUGUAUAGUGCUUUGGGUGUGUGGUUCGUGUUUUGUCUGUUGAAUUUAUUUGCAUAUAGAAACAAGUGUGCUUCUGCCUUCGAAGCCGGCUUUUUCUAGUAUCGAUCAUGAUACCAAAACCGCCCACAGAAAAAAAAAAAACACUACAUCCCAGCUACGAAGACAUGGAAAAGCACUGCGGGAUCGAGUGCCCCAACCGCGGCGUGAUCUGCCCGAUGUGCCACGAAGUCGUGCUCGCGAAGGACCUUCCCGCCCACGGCCUCGACUGCACCCACCGGCCGACGCAGUGCAACCUCUGCGGCGUCGAGUUCCCCCUGAUCCUGCAACCGGAGCACGACACCACCUGCCCACAGCGGCAGGUCGACUGCAACUGGUGCUACGAAAGCGUCAUUGCCGCGGCCUUGUUCAAGCCGCACAAGACGGAGCAGUGCACGCAGCGGUACCGACGGGCGAGGGAGCUGUCGGACGCGAUCUACAUGUGCAGGCCGGCGGAAGAGGUCCAGCAAAACUUUUUGGACGACGGGGUGCUACCGACGGACUACUUCACCGACGCGGAAAAAGAAGCGUACGGCGGGGUCGACGCGAACAGCCCGAGCGGCGGAAAUUCACCAACAAAUCGUGGCGUUUCGUUCGGCGGCUCAUCUACUUCACCGACAUUGGUGAAUCACUCCACGCCAAAGUCAACGAGAGGGGCAGGGGGUUUUACCACGCCGAACAGCCGAAGCUUACUAACCAGCAGUCCCACUUCCGGCAGCACGACACGCCAGCAACCGUUUUUCUCGGAUAAGAAGAACAGUAUCGACUGCGAGCUCCCGCCGCUAUCGAAAUCCAACUUCGUCGGCCUCGCCCUGCACGCCGCGGCGCUGGUGGACAACGUGGAGCUCUGCGAGCUGUUUUUGAAGCGAGGCGCGGAUUUGUACGCGGUGGAUUCGUAUCAAAUGUAAAAAUGUCUUGGUUUGGAAGAUUGCCAGGUUUGUCAUGCACGUUUUGCAUGACUCCUGAUGUCUGUGAUGCAUGCCCUAGCAUCACAGAUUUUUUGAGGGCCCUGCGAUUCCUAUUCCGCAUGACAAAUGCCCUCUCCGCGUAGCAAAAAUUACACUCCCUUUGCUGCUCAUGCAAUACAGAUUUUUUUGGAAUCCAAAUUCAGCAUCACAAGUUGCAUUCUUCCAGACCCAGACAUUUUUACAUUUGAUAAUUCGUUCGGCCGGACGGCGUUGCACAUCGCCGCGGCACAUGGUUUAUCCAGUGUAAAAAUGUCUGGGUCUGGAAGGAUGCAAACUUGUCAUGCAGAAUUUGCAGGUCCCAUGAGGUCUGGAAUGCAGGACCUAGCAUGACAGAUUCUGCGAGUUUUCUAUCAUGCCUAUUCUGCAUGAGAGACUUUCUGUAGUGUUGGUCAAAAAUGGGCAACUUUUGGUGAUCACGCAAGACAGAUUGUUGUGUGACCCACAGGACGCAUCACAAGUUUGCACUUUUCCUGAUCCAGACAUAUUUGCAAUGCACACGGUUCCGACGCGGUGUUGGACUUGUUGCUGGUGACGGACAGCGAGCGGGCGACCAGUAACACGAAAGAAACUCUCCCCGAUAUGCGGGACGCGCACGGACGGACGGCUCUGUUUUUAGCGGGCUUUCACCAGCGGAAGGUUUGCGUGGACUUGUUGUACGACGUGUCCCCGUACACACCGCGGACGAUGAAGCAGUGCGAAUCGCUGCUGAACGUGUUAAGGUACGAUGAGCGAAAAGAAAAAACCUUCUCGUACUUGAAGCACUUGGCGCCGUCGCGGUAAGGAAUAUGGAGAAGAGGGCGGGAAAGAAGGCUGGAUUCUUCACAGUGAGUACUAUCCUGUGCAACAACACAGUGGUAAGCAAGUACGACAAAACCUAACUUUCUGACACCCUUUGCAUGUAAUGUGAGCAAAUUUAUUUCAAACAAACUUUAUUGCGUAUUCGUUUACGGUACAACGUAUAACAAAAUCUUCUGGAAUUUAUGGUAAACAAUUUGCAAAAUUUUUCCAAAUACGAGUUUUAUUUCAAGGUAAGACAGGCACAGGAGUGCCAUUUAGCCAAGUUUUUAGAUCAAUCUGACACAGAUGAAAAAGAGAGAGAUUCUCGAAUGAAUUUUGGUAUUAGAAUCGUCUUGAAUAGCAGUUUUUUAGGAUAGUAGAGACAAUAUGAUCAAAUGUAACAUAUGACUCGUUGGAAUUGGAUUUUUUUGUUGGUAUCAAUCUGUAUUUUAGCUAAAAACUACACUUGUACAAUAUCAUUCUUGAAGAACAGUAACGGUGCUAUUGAGAAGACACUCGGGUUGAUGUACAAUUCUUUCAGCCAUUGUGGCGUGUAUACUAGGAGAAGAGUGAGGAAUAAAAUACGAAGAGAAGAACAAAU